AUGGAUUUUGAUCAAAGGGCCCUUAUCCACCCUCAUUUUUAUGUGCGUGAAUCGCACUCGAGCACAUUCUACGCGGAAGUGCCUUGUUAUGCGAUUUGUGACCAUUGUGCAUUUUUCAUCUUUCGGGAGAAUUCUUUGUUGUUUGGUCGGCUGACUGCAAAGUGUGAUGUCUAUAGCUUUGGAGUUGUGUUGUUGGAGCUGCUUACAGGGCACCGUGCUUUUGAUGAAACUAGGGUUAGUGCAGAGCAGAAACUGGUCGAUUGGGUAAGGCCCCAGUUGCGUGACAAGCGCAAGUUAUACCGAAUCAUGGACACGAAGUUGGAGGCCCAGUACCCUCGAAAAGGAGCUUAUGUGGCAGCCACUCUUGCAUUACAUUGUGUAAACAUUGAUGCCAGAGCUCGGCCUCCUAUGGCUGAUGUCUUAGCUAUUUUGGAAAAGCUUCCAUCCCCGAAAUUUAUGGCCAUACAUUCCCCUUCAGAGCAAAAAAACGAAGUCUAG